CUGGCCAGUGGGCAAGUUCAGCUGAGAAAUACGCCUGCAAUGUCUUCAGGUCAAGGUUCAAAGGCGAAGGGGAAGAAGGCUGGUGUUGUUCCCAAGACUGAAGGUCAUGAGUCCAUCCAGGCCACACCCCACAGCGACAUGAAUAGUAGAGCUGGACCUAGCCAUGCAUUGGUGCCACAUCAAGCAUCACAGGCCACACAGGAAAACACAAUGCUUGGUCCAAAAGGAUACACAGUGAAACCUAUAGUUCCAGCCAAAAACCCAGAGCUUAUCUCUGUUGCAAAAGCGAUGCAUAGAGAUGAAUUUGGGAUUCGAGUGAAGGAAUUAUUUGAUCCAGAGAGGGAAGCAGCAUUAGAUGCACUUCAGACAGGAAUUUAUAUUGGAUGGCGAUGCCCUGAAUUCAAUUGGGAUUGCAUUCGUGUUGGAGUGAAAUCAAAGUGCUUUUGUGGACACCCCCUUGCUGAACAUGAACAUUUUACUGGUACCAGUGAACAAGUGCCCUGUGCAGUCUCAGGCUGCCAGUGCCAGGCUUUUGCCUUCAUUCCAUCUCGCCCUGAAGACGUAGGUGAAUUCUGGCUUAGAAAGCGAAAAAACUUCAACCCAAGCACCUGGAGAGCCAAGUGCCGCUGUAAACACAACCAUGAAGAGCAUAAAUCCACUGGAAGUCAUAAGUGCAACAUCAGUGGUUGUACCUGUUCAAGCUUUGAGUCAAAUUUCCUCUGUGCCGCCUGUGAUAAACAUUGGGAACAACAUAAUACGUUCUUUGAAACAGAAAGAAAUAGAAAAGAAGCUGGACUUCCAUAUGGUGAAGCUUACUUGCCCUUUGCAGAGAUGCCCAACUUACGAAAUGCAGUACUAUCCGGGAAUGAGAAGGAUGACUCAGCAUACCAGAACAUCACUAGCGGCACUGGGCCCUAUUCACGUCUUGGACCUUCUUCCAACUCUGCUAGGCCUGUUUUACCAUCAAACGAGAACACGGCGGAGUUCUGAGCUGUCGGUAAUUAGUACCUACAGAUGUCACUGAAUAAAACAUCAUACAGUCAUGUCUAUCUUGUCUACAAUCCAUGGAUUCAUUGGUAGUUAAAAAAGACUGAUUGCAAAAGCAUACAAGUAUUUUAAAGCUGCUUCCAAUUUCAAAAUAGGAAGAACAGGAGAUCAUUCUGUUGAAAAGUCUAUAGUUGCAAAAUACCGUGAAAACUCUCAGUUCCUGUAUGAAGUUGUGCUGGUCAUCACAGCUUGUUGUUGACCAUAACGCCAGGGAGGCACCAAGAUAGCGUAGUGAUUAGCAUGAUGCUUUUACAGCUCGGGACGUCAGAAUUCAGAUUUCAAUGUUUGUACCUUCUUCCUGUGAGAGCGUGGGUUUCCUAGGAAGUGCUGGUCAGUGGGCUAAUUGGUUGUUGUAAAUUGUCAUGUGAUUUGGCUGGGGUUGAAGAAGUGGGUUGCUGAGCAAUGCAGCUUGUUGGGUCACAGGGGCUUGUCCCACACUGUUAUCUCUAAAUAAAUAAGUAAUGUUGGUUUGGAAAAAACAAUGACCUAAUAGUUAAUGGCCUAGCACUGAGUUUGCAAAUUUUGUAGAACCAUUUCUCCCAAUCUGGCAUCAAUAAAAGUUCCAAUGGGUAUUCAUGACAUCCGCAAACAGGAUGACGCAGCUGAAGAGGUCUUCAAUCAUUCCACCCACGGGACAUACCAAUGUAGAAACUGAAAAUUCCAUUCAUUGGAAUUCACAUAAAAUCUAAAAUAUUUUAAAACUUUUGGUCUCAUCAGAAAAAUUUAUUGCAAGAUGGCCUACUGUUUCUUUGCUUUGUAAAUGCCAGACUGUUAUCGAUGUUAUUUUGGGAGGAACCAUUAAAGAAAAUAAAUUAUAUUUCAACCGAGAUGCAGCUCCUGAGAGUGUGUUAGGGAUCUGGAAAUGUGGCUUGAUGCGCUACUGCUUAUUAGGGAGAGUGAACAAGGAGAUUGAUAGGAGCUACAAGGAGUUAGUCACCCCGAGGCUGCAGGAAUUAGAUAAUUGGGUGACUGUCAGGGAAGUGAAGGGAAGAGCUCAGAUAGUAGAGUACACCCCUGUGGCCAUCCGCCUUAGUAACUGUUUUCUUGUUUGGAUACAGUUGAGGGGAGUGACCUGACAGAAGACGACCAUGGCAAUCGGGUCUCUGGCACUGAGCCUGGUUCCAUGGCACAGAAGGGAGAGAAGAAGAUAAGAGAUGUGGUAGUCAUAGGGAUUCCAUAGUGAGGGGAACAGACAGGAGGUUCUGUCAGCCUGAUAGAGAUACCUGCAUGGUGUGCUGCCUCCCAGGUGCCAGGGUACGGGAUGUCUCAGAUUGGCUGCAGAGUAUUCUGAAGGGAGAGGGUGAACAGCCAGAAGUCUUGGUACACGUUGGUACCAAUGACAUUGAGAGAAAAGGGGAUGAAGUCCUGAAGAGAGAAUUCAGGGAGUUGAGUAGGAAGGUGAAAAGGAUUGCUGCUAACGAGUGCAAGAAUAACAUGAUCAAGCAUAUUAAUGUGUGGCUUAGAGACUGGUAUAGGAGGCAGGAUCCUGGUUCCUAGAUCACUGGGGCCUCUUCUGAGAGUGGUACGACCUGUACAAAAAGGCCGAGUUACACCUGAACCCAAAGGGGUCCAAUAUCCUAGCGGGCAGGUUUAAUAGAGCUGCUAGGGAGGGCUUAAACUAAUUUGGCGGGAGGAUGGGAACCGGAUUGAUAGGGCUGAGGAAGGGGAAAACAGAAAUAAAUCAAAGAUAGCUUGCAACAGAGAUAAUAGAAAGGACAGGCAGGAGAUGAGGCACAAUCACAGCCAGUGGCAUGAGGUACAGGGCAAUAGAGGUGUGGUGCAGUUAAAACAGAAAGCAACAAAUACUGGACUGAAAGUGUUAUAUUUGAAUGCACGCAGCAUAAGAAGUAAAAUGGAUGAUCUUGAAAUUCAGCUACAGAUUGGCAAGUAUGACGUUGUGGCCAUCUCUGAAACUUGGCUAAAGGAUGGCUGCCAUUGGGAGCUGAACGUCCAAGAAUAUACAGUGUAUCAGAAAGAUAGGUUAGUAAACAGAGGGGAUGGUGUGGCCCUGUGCAUAAGAAAUAAUAUUAAAUUAUUAGGAAGGGAUGGCAUAGAAUCGGAAGGUAUAGAAUCUCAUUGGGUUGAAUUAAGAAAUGGCGAGGAUAAAAGGAUCCUAAUGGCAGUUGUAUACUGGCCUCUAAACAGCAGCUGGGAUGUGGAUUACAAAUUACAGCAGGAGAUAGAAAAGGUGUGUCAGAAGGGCAAUGUCAUGAUAAUCGUUGGGGAUUUUAACACGAAAGUGGAUUGGGAAAACCAGGCCAGUACUGGACCUCAAGAGAGAGGAUUUGUAGAAUGUCUAAAGGGUGGCUUUUUAGAACAGCUUGUUGUUGAGCCCACUAGGGGAUCGUCUGUGUUAAAUUGUGUGUUGUGCAAUGAUCCAGAGGUGAUAAGAGAGCUUAAGGUUAAGGAACCCCUUAGGGAACAGUGAUCACAAUAUGAUCGAGUUCACUUUGAAAUCUGAGAAGGAGAAACUAAAUUCCAAUGUGUCGGUAUUUCACUGGAAUAAAAGAAAUUACAAUGGCAUGAAAGGGGAGCUGACCAAAGUUGACUGGAAAGGGACACUAGCAGGAACGACAGCAGAGCAGCAAUAUCCAAAUAAGAAGAAUUUUCAAAUGGAAGAUUACCAUGGCUGACAAGUGAAGUCAGAGCCAAUGUAAAAGCAAAAGAGAGGGCAUUGAUGGACUUGAUGACUGGAAAAUGGCAAAUGUUACUCCGCUAUUUAAGAAGGGUGGGAGGCAGCAGAUAGGAAACUAUAGACCUGCUAGCCUGACAUCAGUGGUUGGGAAGUUAUUGGAAUCGAUUGUUGGGGAUGAGAUUAUGGAGUACCUGGACGCACAUGACAAGAUAGGCCAAAGCCAGCAUGGUUUCCUGAAAGGAAAAUCCUGCCUGAUUAACCUACUGCAAUUUUUUGAGGAAAUUACAAGCAGGGUAGACAAAAGACAUGCAGUAGAUGUGGUGUACUUGGAUUUUCAGAAGGCUUUUGACAAGGUGCCCCACAGGAGGCUGCUGAGCAAGAUAAGAACCCAUGAAAGGUACUAGCAUGGGUAGACCAUUGGCUGAUCAGCAGAAACCAGAAUAAAGGGAUCCUAUUCUGGCUGUCUGCCGGUUACCAGUGGAGUUCUACAGGAGUCAGUGUUGAGACUGCUGCUUUUUAAGAUGUAUGUCAAUGAUUUGGACUAUGGGAUAUAUUAGUCAGAGAAUGGUAAAUCUGUGGGAUUUGUGGAGGCCAAGUCAUUGGGUGUAUUUAAGGCAGAGAUAGAUGGGUCUUGAUUAGCCAGGGCAUCAAAGGGUAUGAGAAAGCAGUGGAGUGGGGAUGACCGGAAGAAUUGCAUCAGCCCCUGAUUGAAUGGUGGAGCAGACUUGAUGGACCGAAUGGCCUACUUUUGCUCCUAUAUCUUAUGAGCUUAUGAAUUGUCAUGACGAAACCAUAGUAUUUUUUUUGAAAUUACAUAUAGAAUUAGGGGAGAGAGAUAUAAAGCACUAAAAUUUGUUUUAGAAUAGAAGACAGAAUGUCAGUGGAUCAUAGAUGUUCUGAUAUGGAGUCUUUGAUCAGAAACAUUAAACAAUCUUUUCACGGA